AGGAGGAGUUAGCUGCUGAAGUUUGAGGAAGCCCCUCAACAAGUCGGUGCAGUGACGAGGAUCGUCAGAGCUGAGCUGCUGUAAACAAACAGCCGAGAAUGGAAGUCCCUGCCAUCAACCUGAAGGCCAUAGUACUGGUGCACUGGCUGCUGACAGUGUGGGGAUGUAUGGUGCCAUGGCUGCCCAGCUCCUUUCCCUGGGGUAACUUCAGCGUUCUAGCAGUCGGGGUGUGGGCCAUCGCUCAGAGGGACUCUGUAGAUGCUGUUCUCAUGUUCCUGAUUGGGAUGACCAUUACCAUAUUGACCGACAUCAUCCAUUUUGGGAUUUAUUACCCUUCUUUCGACCUGGUGCCGGGGGCACGAUGGGACUCAUUCCGCUUCAGUACAGGAAUGGCCAUCCUCAGCCUGCUGCUCAAGCCCGUGUCCUGCUUCUUUGUUUACCAGAUGUACCGUGAGCGAGGCGGAGAGUAUAACCUCAACCUUGGUUUCCCCUUCCUAACCAGGAACAGAGAAGCUUACGAGUCUAUAGACCAGCAGGAAGAAUCGUCCAGCCCAGCGAAUCCUUUUAACCAGGCCGUAGACAGUAAACCAGGAGUCCGCACAUACUGAGAAAACAACUGUGAUGACCGCACACUGUUUCCCCCCUCGUGGCUGUUUUAAUGUAGCAGUGCAGUGCAUUGCAGAGUAAUUGUUUUAGAAAAUCAAUCCCCCAACACUCCAUUUGUUCAGUGCAGUCGGUCUGUUUGCUGCAGAUUACAACACUGGAAACAAUACAUUAAACCCAUACGUUCUGUUUGGGUUUUACAAGAUAAUGUGAAAUAAACAAUCAAUUUUAUUUUUUAUUUUAGUUCUUUUUUUCCUGACAUUUUAUUAUUACUGAACAAAUACACAGGAACACACCCACAUGUUACAUGGUACUGACUGCAAAAGUCUGACUGUUACUAUUCUGUUUCUUAUGAGAGGUUCAUGUUUCGAGAUGUUUACAUUUUCUGGCUGUUUACAUUCUUUACUGCUUGGCCACUCUGUGACUAUCAGAUUAAUGACGAAGCACGACUUUCUUCACUAGACAGAUCAAAUAUCCCAAGUGCCUUAGAAAGUAAUUAUCGUACUGUUGACCUAUGCAAAUGCAUAAAAAGUUGCACUGCAUUUGCUAAGACCUUUAUAAACACCAGUGUUUGUAAGUGGUCGACCAAUUAAGGUGUUUCUGUGCUUUAGAGAUGGCAAACUAAAAACCAAAGGCGUACUUUAACACAAACUGAAGUACUAUGUUCUGAUGUUGACCUACUAAAGUACAGUUCCACUGUAAAACAUGUGCAUUGUAUUUUUGUGAAUUUUCUCUCAGUUAAAAGUUGAAACUGCCAUUGAAACACUGAUAAAUGUUGCACAUCCUUGAUCUCUCACACUAACUAUUAUUUAUUUAAGCAAAUAAAGAGAACUAUUUCAGACCUGUGCCCAUUUUCCACAACAUACCUGCGAUGUUGGCCCUUUUGUCCAUGACUGCUUCAAAAACUAGAAACAGAGGCUGAGAGCUUUCUUCAAUUCCUUUGACUAUAUCAUGGCUGUGUUCAACUAAACAGGCCCAGGUUUCACACUGAGCCAGUAGUUUGAAUCUAAAAGAUCAUUAUAUUUCAUCUUAUACAUUUUUUGUGACAUUUUUAUUUGGCCAUGUUCUGAGAGUUAUUUCUAAUGUCAAAUGUUGCCGUGGGUGAGAAAACGUUUGGCAAACCCUGCUCCUCUGAACAUUCUUUAAAGUUUGUACUGAGAGUUUAAAUGGAUACAUUACAACAGUGAGGUAGUGUUUGUGGAACUGGACGCUGUGUCAGGUCUGCAGGCCUCUCUGAGUCAUUGUGACUUUUUUUUUUAACUCAUUAGUUCUCUUUUGAAAGUGUAACAAGCUUGAUGUUCCUGUUUUAAGAUGACUCGUAUUACCCUAUGCCUGAAUGGGAAUAAAGGUGAAAUAAAUAGUCCUGUAAAUCACUGACCUCUUUCAGUAGUUCUCUCUUUUAUUGACGUGAGCAUGCAUCUUGGUGUAUAACUAACUGGUUCAUGUUGCAGAGCAUUUGUAAUGUUAUUGUAGGAUUGUUCACUGGCAAAAACCUGAAUAGAAUAAAUCAAUCUGAGAAUUGCUCAGAAAAUAAACUUUCCAACUGAAUGUUUUUCUGUGA